AGGUUUUAACAUCUUUCCACGGAUCAGCUGCAGUCCAUUUAAAACCACUGAAGCAUGUAUAACAUAACCACAGAGAAAGAGUCAAAUUGAGCAGUUGUAGAUUGUAAAAGAUGAGUUUACUUUUCACGCAGAGGUGAAGAAAGCAGGUUAGAUUUGUAGAGUCACACCUCUGGAGGGGUGUGGAGAAGCUAAGGAUUUGCUUAUAAAGCAGCGUUGCUCCUCACUUGUCAUCGUCUCAUCUUGCAUAUAGACCCAGGAGUACACCGCUAAAGGCCACGAUGCUGAAUUUAAUCCAGCUGAUAUUUAUGCUCUUUUUGACCAACAGUAGCACAACUGAUGCAGAGAAACUUUUCCAUAAUCGGGAUCAUUCUGAUACGCAGACCCUUAAUUCUCACCGAGCUAAGGCUAUAACAGACAAGUACACAGCUGAGUUAUUUCUCUUUAGAUAUGGAUUCAUCAAGCCAGUUAACUGGGAGGAGGUUCAGUUUGAGGAUUCGGACACCUCUUUCAGCGGUGACUUCCUCGACGAUCUUCAAACCACAAUCCAGGAGGGAACCUCAGCGUCUUAUUUGAGGGCUGCUCAUCGAGCUGGUGAUCAGCAGGGCUAUAACCGUCAAAAUGAAAACCAAGCCUUUAUUUCAGCACUUAAAGAGUUUCAGAGGGUUUCAGGUCUGCCUGUUACAGGGGUGUUUGAUGAGGCCACCAAGUUAGCUAUGAACAAACCAAGGUGUGGAGUUCCUGAUAAAGAGACUGGUCUGGCCAACCCUGUCAUCACUACAGCACCUCAGAGCAGUGGUGACUUUGAUUUUGAAAACAGUACCACUGACAGUUUUACUGAGACCAACAGGAGCAACACAGCAAGUGACAUAAUCAGUGGCACUUCUUUAGGUACUGCAAAUUUCUCUGAAGACGACAUAUUAAAUUUUAAUGAUACGGACGGUGUGCUCACAGCCAUUUCCAAUGACACCAGCAUGAAUUAUACAACAGAGCUUUUAAAGAGCACUUCUCUAAACAGCUCGCACGACAGCAGACUGGGAAGCCAAACGGGGAAUAUGAGUGCGAACGCGCAUCAGAGUGAAGCAGUGAGACGCAAGAAGGAACAUCUCGCAAGUCUCAUAUCCAAAAGCAGGCGGAAGAGAGAUUUGACUCCAACUGGCCACAUGGCUUUUUCCAAGAAGGUGUUAAACUGGAGGCUGAUAGGAGAAGGCUACAGCAGCCAGCUGACUAUUGAAGACCAGAGGUACAUCUUCAGACUGGCUUUCAGGAUGUGGAGUGAGGUGUCGCCACUGGAAUUUGUGGAGGAUACACGUGCCCCAUUGGAGGAUGUUGACAUCAGGCUGGGAUUUGGUACAGGAAGGCAUCUGGGAUGUAAUCAGAAGUUCGAUGGCACUGGUCAAGAAUUUGCCCAUGCUUGGUUCCUGGGUGAUAUACACUUUGAUGAUGAUGAGCACUUCACAACUCCCAAUGUUGGCAGUGGAAUCAGCCUUCUCAAAGUAGCAGUUCAUGAGAUUGGCCAUGUUUUGGGUCUACCCCACAUAUAUAGACCCGGAUCCAUAAUGCAGCCCAGCUAUCUACCGCAGGAGUCCAGCUUUGAAAUGGACUGGAUGGACAGAAAAGCUAUACAGCAGCUCUAUGGAGGCUGUAAAGGUCGGUUCAACACGGUGUUUGAUUGGAUCAGAAAGGAGAAGACACCCUAUGGGGAGGUGGUGAUCCGCUUUAACACCUAUUUCAUGAGAGAUGGCUGGUACUGGCUGUAUGAGAACAGAAAUAAUAGAACGCGUUAUGGUGAUCCAGUUCCGCUGCAAACUGGCUGGCAUGGGAUCCCCAUGGAUGGAGUGGAUGCACAUGUCCAUGUCUGGUCCAGGAAAAGAGAUGCUGUAUAUUUCUUCAGAGGUACUCAGUUCUGGAGGUAUGAUAGUGAGAACGACCAGGUGUUUGGACACGACUCUGAAGGCCACCAUUAUCCGAGGUUAAUCUCUGAAGGAUUCCCAGGGGUGCCAAGUCCUAUUGACACAGCCUUUUAUGACAGGAGGGACUCCCACAUCUACUUCUUUAAAAACAAUCUUGUGUAUGCAUUCAGCGUGGAAGCCAACAACUUGGCAAGAGGGUUCCCAAAAAACAUCAGAGAUGUUUUCCCUCCUGUGGUGAACACAGACCAUCCAGAUGGCAACAUUGACGCUGCCUACUUCUCCUACACUCACAAUGCCAUCUUUCUACUCAAGGGCAUACGCUUCUGGCAAGUAGUGGGCAGUCGUGAUCGCUGGCGACGGCCCUUUCUGCCACGAAAUGGCCUGCUGCCACAUAAGGAGGUGGAUCAGCAUUGGUUUGAUAUCUGCAAUGUUCAUCCCACUGCACUCAAACUAACCCGCUGAGAGUGUUGCAGCAGAGAUGUGAUAGAGCUUGCUAAGGUUUGCAUAUGUGAUCUACUGAUUUAGUUUUAUGUACACAUAUUGUCAAGCUGCAAUAACUGUCUAAUUUCUAGAAGACAACAACAAUUUUUUAUUUUGUUGGCUAAUUUUCACCGAGGUGUGUUAUAUAUGUAACAGCUGCUCUUUCAUUCCUUUUCUUUUUCGGAGCAGUGCUGAAUGCAUUCUGCCACAAAAACAAUCCUAAAGGACUUCCUAUUAUUAAGAUAUUCAGAGAAUAUAUGUAUGUAUAAUGUAGAUAAAGCCAAUAAAUGUUUUGUUGAGCUGCUCAAAAUAAUAUUUGAUGUGCUUACUGUAAGUGCACUG